GGCUUGGAGCCUGUCUCCCGCGGUCGUUUUUUUGGUAGCCGAAGCUGAGCGACGGGAGUGGUUUUGCUGGGUUUUGUGCCCCCUCGGCCGCUGCGGGCGAGCGGACUGCAAAGCGAGUGGAAGACUCCGGCGAGCGGUGCCGUCCAAAGGACGGCGAGCAACAAGUGUCCCCGGUCCUUUCGAGCUGGGCCGUGUACGAAGUUAAGAGGGUUCGGGUCCCCACUUCCUUCGGCUUGCCUGAGGGCACGUGGCCCCGGCCCCUGGAAGGCGGACGCCUGGCGGAGGAGCCAGAGGGUCUGGUUCAGGUGCCCUCGUGUGGUAUUGGAGGACGAAGAAAGCAGGGAGCCCUCGAGGAGAUGCGCUGAAGCGAGUAGGAGAGAAGUGAAGUGGCGGCAGCGGGGUGAGUCACGAAAGCGAAGAGGAGGAGGAGGAGGAGGAGGAGGAGGAAAAGAAAAAGGGAGACGGAAGCGGCCCUGACGUUUCUCCAUUGCUUCGUUUCCCGCAACUGAAAUGCUCCUUUCUCGCCGUCGGUGAAAGCCCCGGGAGUCACCCGUUCUUUCGAUUGCUCGCGGGCCCUGGGGCACCGGUUCCAGGGGGAAAAGCAACGCGCGUUUUUACCAGGGGGGAAUCCACUCCGGACUGUGGGAGGAGCGAGGGCCAAGCGCCGCCGAAACAACGUCUAAUGGGGAAAAACCCGGCACAUCCUGGGUCUGCUGGCAAGGCCAUCAUCUCCUAAGAGCGAUGGUGGCGGCUCCAUCAAGGGCGACAGCAAGAGCACCAACUCCGGUCACAGGGAGCCGGCGACGUAGCAGAAGAAGCGGGCCCCGGCCAUUGUCUGCCAAGAUAUGAGACAUGAUUGUUGGACGCAGAAGAUUAAAAUUGCUGGGAAUUCUGAUGAUGGUAAAUUUCUUUAUAUAUGUCAUUGUGGAAGUCUCAAAAAAUAGUGGCCAAGACAAAAAUUCAAAACGACAAGUUAUACUCCCAACGAGCAGAUUUUGGAGAAAAUAUAUUCCUCACAAGGCAUAUUGGAAUAAACAGCAGCAGAAGUUGGAAGACUUAUAUAAUCCUAUUUUUGCAUUGCUUUUCAAUAUGACUCUGGAAGAAAGGUUAUCUUCCAAUAAUAGCUUUUGGAACUCCUGUGAUCCUGAUCCAUCUAUAUCCUCAGAUCUUAAAGAUUUUGAAGACUUACCAGAUAGGUUUAAAGACUUUUUUCAUUAUUUAAGAUGUAGAAAUUAUUCAUUAUUAGUAGAUCAGCCACACAAGUGCAAACAUAAACCUUUUUUGCUUCUGGCUAUUAAAUCGCUUAUAUCACAUUUUGAUAGAAGGCAAGCAAUCCGGGAAUCUUGGGGAAAGGAAAUUAAAUUAGGAGACAUAACUAUUGUAAGAGUUUUCCUAUUAGGUCAAAUUCCUCCUGAAGAUCACUAUCCCAAUCUGUCAGAUAUGUUGAAAUUUGAGAGCGAAACCCACCAAGACAUACUUCUGUGGAACUACAGAGAUACUUUCUUCAAUUUGACUCUAAAAGAGGUACUAUUUCUAAAAUGGGUCAGUAACACUUGCCCUGAUGCUCAGUUUAUUUUCAAAGGAGAUGAUGAUGUUUUUGUGAAUACCCAUCAGAUCCUGGAUUACUUGAAGAGUUUAACUAAAGAAAAAGCCAAAGACUUGUUCAUAGGUGAUGUUAUCCGUGAUGCUGGACCUCAUCGUGAUACAAAUGUGAAAUACUAUAUCCCACACAGUAUUUAUGAAGGCUCUUAUCCUCCAUAUGCAGGAGGUGGCGGAUUUCUUUAUUCUGGUGAUCUGGCAUUAAGAUUAGCUAACAUAUCUGACCAAGUCCUUCUUUAUCCUAUUGAUGAUGUGUACAUUGGCAUGUGCCUUCAGAGACUUGGGCUUUCUCCAGAAAAACACAAAGGCUUCAAAACAUUUGACAUUGAAGAGAAACAGAGGGACAAUAUAUGCUCCUAUACAAACCUAAUGUUAGUUCACAACCGGAAUCCUCAAGAAAUGAUUAAAAUCUGGACAAACUUGCAAGAUCCACAUUUAAGUUGUUAAAAAUGUAUGUGUCCAAAAAUUAUUCCUAAAUUUCAGUUUAAAUUCUUUGGCUAAAUGGUAAGCAUAUUAUCUUCAAUUGGUGGCUUGUUUUGUAAACCAAAAUUAGCUAGUAACAUUGUCUAGUACUUCUAAAAGUGAGAUUACAACUACAAGAGUGCACAUCAGAAGAUAUGGCAUGAAAAUAUUCUCAUAGUUCUGUCCUAAAAUUUUGAAAAAUUGAAGCUUUCCAAAGUUGUGAUUGGUGUAAUUUUAAAGACUGAUUAGUCAAAAUAUAUUCAAUAAAUUGGUCGUCUUCUGAUACUGUAAUUAAAUUAUGGUGAUAGAUUCCAUCAUCUUUCCUGAGAUGAGAAAUUAUAGAGAUUUUGCUGUUAAAUUUUGCUCUUAUUUUCCCAAUUUAACUUCCAUAAUAACUUAAAUAUCAUAAUUAAAGAGGUUUUUUUGCAGCUUAGUUUCCCACCUUUAACUCCAAAUCCUUUAUCACUUCAUUAAAUAAUAUUUUAGUUAAUGAUGGUAGAAACAUCUCUAAUAUGGGACUGUGCAUUUAAAAGAUCUAAUUUUAUGUCAGUGAGAAUCUCAUGAAAAUGGUGAUAAUUGAGAUACCAUUUUUUUAAAAAAAAAUCUUUAAGGUUAUUGUGUCUAUUUCGGAAGGAAUAGAUUCUAAAAGUCUCAAAUCACUAUAUUGCUAUAUCUUCAUAUGUGUUAUAUCUGACAAUUCAAACAGCAUUUGCUGUCUUUGUACAUGUAGAAGUGCCUGUAUUUAUUGUUUAAAUGGAAGACCAAAAUAUUUUCUUAAAAAUAUUUAAGAAACAUUUGUAAAGCGCUGUCAGUCAUAUUUAAAUUAAAUAGAGUAUGCUAUUUUAAAUGUGUUGAAAUGCGAAAUGUUAAAUAAAAUUGUUUUUGAAUUUGGAA